AGUUGUCAAAGAAUACAGUACAGAGAAGCGAAAAUGGGACACGGAUGAAAAUUUAUUAUUUUGAUACAUUCAAAAGCCCAUAUUUGUCUAACUUUAUAUUUUAACAAUUUUGUUUUCUUAAUUUUUUAGAGAAAAAAUACGUCUACAUAAAAUGAAUAAAGCAUUUAAUUUAAAUAUUACGUGCUGUACCAUAUUAUACUUGAGGUACUGUACUUUUGUUAUUGUUUUGAUAGUGCUGUUGGGAUCGUGUAUCGCCGCGUUACCAAUUGGAUUAAACAAUUUCUACCAUGCUUACUAGAUGUGCAGCAACAUUUCUGCGAAGGUACUGCUCUACAAGCAGCUCAUCGAAGUUGGCCGAAACGAUCGCUUCAUCCAUUGAAGGUGUGGAUAGGGCAAGCAUUGGCGCACUGCUAGCUACCGUACCCGAACUAACGAAAUACGCUCCAGAACAAUGGUGCAGCACAGUGAAUCUACUCACCACCGAAGGCUUGGAGGUGGAAAAAAUGCUAUCCAUAAUCGGAGGCCACCCGGCCAUACUAGCAAGGCCCCCGGAAAAGAUCGCACAAAGCUUACACUGUUGGCGAUCCUGCCAAUUUGGGGAUGCGAACAUGAAAGUGCUGCUGUCAGCUCAUCCCUACUUUUUGGACUACACGAAUCAUGGCCAGCUGGCGCAACGUGUCGCCUUUCUUCACUCACAUUUCGAGACGCGCAAAAAUGUGUACCGAUUGUUUCUGAACGCACCGAACCUGGUGGUGGAUGAGCAUCACGUAACGGAGGCUAAGAUCGUUUAUAUGAUGCAAACCAUGCGCCACGAGGUGCUGGAAGUGGUGAAAUCUCGCGCUUUUGCCCAUGACCUUGAGCAUUUGCGCUGCCGGCACACGUUUCUGGAACGGUUGGGAUUGUUUAAGCCACGAUCACUGAAGGUGGACAAAAAUACGCCGACCGGCAAUUCGCCGGUUCACCAGAUUACCGACACCAGCGACAAACGGUUCGCGGUGAAAGUGGCUUACGUUACGCUCGAAGAGUACGAAGUGUUUCAGGAUCUGUUCCGGCGAGAGAUGGGACAGGAUGAACGGUACGAAGCGGACGAUGAGUUCGAUGCGGUAGAAGUAGCAAGUGAACCUAGCAAAAGCGCGUAUCGCAAGAAAGGUAGGUAGACGUGGGUAUGAGCGUAUUUGUCAAUAGAGCAAUAGAUAGUAGAAUACAGCAAUAAAGACACGUGUUCGACGUGAGCAUAAUGUGUUCAGGAUAAAGA